AUGCCUUACCACAUUGUUAAUUUCUGGCUUUUGGACUUGACAGCAAGUUUCCUUGUAUUUGUGAGCGCGUGGUACGGCAAAAUAAAACGGCGAAGGAUACAAACAGAUGAAGUUGGCGAUUAUGUUAUCACUGUAGUCAAAGAAAAGAAAGUAGGCGAAGGAGAAGAAACAUCGAAGUCACUUUGUCAGGGAUCAUUACGUCGGCUUUUUCUGUAUACGACGUAUUUUGUAAUGAUGGCUGCCUCUGUUGUUCUCUUUGAUUGUUAUCCUUAUUUUAUGAUAUUUUUCCAACACGUAACAGUGAUUUUCUGCAUUUUGAUAACAUUUUUUCAAUGGUUUCAACCUCGGUUGGCGAUGUUCAUUGGAGGGACUUUCUCUACACUCUGGCUUUUGAGCGGGGCCACGACAUUUCGUUGGGUCCUAAAUGAUAUUAUAAUCGCUUUUUUCGGGCUGCUUGUUGGAUACUUGCACUUUAAAAAUUUCCCAUCGCUUCAGAUGUUUCUGUGGCUGGCAGUGGUCUAUGAUGUGUGUCUGGUGAAAAACGUAUAUCUAGGUGUCCCUUCUCUGUUUAGCGCAGGGAAAGGGGAGACAAAUUGUGAAACGGUUUUUUGCAAGGCGUUUGAACUCAGUGAAGCUUGGGAAUUACCAACUAUUUUCACAUUCAAAUUCGGCCCACGGGAGGAACACGUCUAUCUUGGAGCUGGUGAUAUAAUUAUCGGCUGCAUGGUAUCGAAUUUCUCUCAGAUGUUUUUCAGGUCUUCAAAAUACUUGUCUGCAACAGUUUUGACAUACGCAGUAGCCAUUGCUUUACUGAGCCAAGUCGGCGACGAGCCGUAUCCAGCUCUUGUUACAAUUGUUCCUCUGUGCAGCCUUCAGUUGGUCUUGUCCGCCAUUCUUUCUCACAAAACCAGGAGUUUGUUUUCUUUAAAGUGCUUGGAUAGCGAAAGAGAGCGAGAAGGACAUGACAUGAAUAUUCUUCUUUGA